CUCGAGUCAAAGCCAUGCGACCGACCGAUCGUUCGGAAUAAUGACACGCCGGUCAUGAACGUCAUCGAGCGCAGCGUCAACAAACGUCCUUUGAUGGUGGUGGCCGAGAUCGAAGCCAGCGACGCGAAGAAGGAUUUCCGGAUAAACGGCGAGGCCAGCAGUGAAUCCGAUUGCAGUACCGAGGUGCGAUCAUGUAAAACAGUGUACAGGAACCGGUGCAAGAAGCUCGUGGUAUCUGAUACCUCGUUGAUCGAUACGGGUGGCAAAGAUGAUCGGGAACCGAUUGCCCGCGAAUGUUUCGCCGACAAGAAGGACGACAAAGGUACAGAUUCCUUUCUUGCAUCAUGCGCGAUACUAACGACAUACUGUCACGAUAGACAUGUCAUUCGUGGAUACGGACGUGGAGUCGCGGAAAGAUGGAACAUCGAUCAAGACGAAGAAAAAGAAGAAACGGAGGUAGAAUUCGCCCGCAGGGAAUCCCUUGUUAUUCCCGUGUUCCUUUCGUUUACUUUCGAUUGUAGAUACUUGACGAUAUGCACGAGCAACUGCAAAUACGACGUGGUGAGACGAGUGGCGGCUCGUUUCGGGAUGAAAGAAGUGACGGAGGACAGCAGCUGGAACCUCUACUGGACAGACCUGAGCGUGAGCGUGGAACGAGCGAAGGACAUGAAGAGGUAUCAGAAGGUGAAUCAUUUCCCAGGGAUGACGGAGAUCUGCAGGAAGGACUUGCUCGCGCGGAACUUGAAUCGCAUGCUGAAACUUUUCCCAAAGGACUACAAUUUCUUCCCGAAGACGUGGUGUUUCCCCGCGGAUAAAACGUUGUCAGCCCCUGUCAGAUUCACGUCGAUCGAAAAAUUCACGUCUAGCCACGGAGAGGCGAUAGCCUACGCCAAGCUGAGGCGCUCGAAAACUUUCAUCAUCAAGCCUGACACGGGCUGUCAAGGGCGUGGCAUUUACUUGACGAAGAACUUGAAGGACGUGAAGCCGACCGAGCGUAUGAUCUGCCAGGUUUACGUGGCCAGGGUAUGCCCAGCAUUUUCAACUUUUCAAACCGUUCGUUUGUACUCUUCUUUUCAUGAAGAAAGAUCAUUCGUGUCUGUAGCCCUUCCUGGUCGACGGCUACAAAUUCGAUCUUCGUAUCUACGCGUUGCUCACCUCCUGCGACCCUCUUCGGAUCUACGUUUACAACGACGGCCUUGCGAGGUAACGCGAGGUCUCGCUACUUCCCUUCGAUCCUUUACGGUCGUAAUCGAACUGGUUCACUUCACUUAUGCCAGAUUACGUUUCAGAUUCGCCACGAGCAGAUACAAGGAGCCAACCGGUCACAAUACGUCCAACGUGUUCAUGCACUUGACGAAUUACGCCGUUAACAAGCACAGCCGGAUGUACGUGAUCGACGAUGAAAUCGGUAGCAAAAGGAAGAUAUCGACGUUGAACAAGUGGUUCAAGAUGAAAGACGUUGACGUGGAUGAACUGUGGCGUAAGAUCGACGAGAUUAUUAUAAAAACCAUUCUGGCGGCGUAUCCUAUCCUGAAGCACAGUUAUCACACGUGUUUUCCAACGCACGACAAGACCUACGCGUGCUUCGAGCUACUGGGCUUCGACGUGCUGCUCGAUUGGAAAUUGAGGCCGUAUCUCUUGGAAGUUAAUCAUUCGCCGAGCUUCCACACGGACGCGCAAAUCGACAAGGACGUGAAGGAAGGCCUGCUGACGAAUACGUUCGAGAUGUUGAACUUGCAACAGUGCGACAAGAAGAAGAUCAUCGAGGAAGAUAGAAAGCGAGUGAGGGACAGAUUGCUUCAGGGGAUAAGCUCGAAGGACGGCGGAACGAACGAGCCGACGAUCGGGACGACGAAACCUGACAAGCAGCCGGAGGAUGAUUACCUGCAGAAGCAAUUUAAAUGGGAGGACGAGCACAUGGGGGAUUUCCGGAGGAUCUAUCCGUGCUGCGACAGUGAAAAGUACCAGCCAUUCUUCAGACAGACUAGCAUCUCUGUGUACCAAGACACGGUAGCAUCGAGAGCUCGGGAAGAAGCGUCGAGGAUGCAAAAAGAGGAAAACGAGAUGAGAACGAAGGAACAAGAGAGCAGGAAGAUCCCGGAAAAUGAUAAAUCCAGCGACACGAAACUGCGUUCAGAGUGUUCGAGCGUGACGCUGAAGCCUGCGACGACGAUGCAGGACAAGUCCGUCGCGAAGAGAAGUCCUCCCUGUUCGAAUACGAAGAAGCAGACGACUUCAACUACCAACACUUCGCACUCUUUCGAGCCGGAGAUCAUUUGCGAGUCCGAGGAGAGGGAGCGUGUCACGGCACUGGCGCAACGAGACUUCUUGAUUAAGAGUUACGGCAUGCUGGAGCAAAUAUACAUGGCGAUGAAGAAGAACGGCACGUUGAGAGCUAUCGACGAGAAGAAGUAUGGACUGUACGGCAGGCUCGGGCACACGGACGACCAUGCGAGCAAAAGUGCGUCUAUUUGUAGGCACAAGUGUCAUCUUCAUCAGCAUGCCGCAGUCGAGUCGUGGACGAAUCAAUCGUCGCAGCUUUGCCUGAAAGCAAGUGAAGUAGAUAACACUCUGUUCGGAAUAUUUCAAGGUAAUUUGCAACAAGGUACCGGUUUAUAUCCGACCAAGGAUACCAGACAAAUUUUGGAUGGACGAUUUAAAUCCGAACGAUCGGAGCUGCCGAGUUACCAAGGCCCACGUGGCUCGUAUCUUAUCGAACAUUGUGCGUCUCCACGCACUUGAAAAGCGUGGGGAGUUUAAAUAGCUAAAAUUCUAACAAACAUGUUGACGACCAAAAAAAAAAAAAAAAAAA